AUGUCCUUACGGCACGUUGUUUACGUUAUAUGUGCAGCUGCGUGGCUUGCUAGCAUAGACUUUGCUGCUGGCUUCCCAACGCAGCUUGUUAGGUCCAAUGUCAAGUUCAAUAAUCCCGGACAGCCCGUUGACAUUGAUGGCUCUCCGCAGUCCGAGGAAACUGGCCCCACUAGAAAUUUUGUAUCGCGGCCUAAAGAGGAAGACUUCGCCGCGAAUUCUCUUUCCCGGUCAACACUAGAGGGAACCAGUGAUGAGUCUCCCUGGCCGUCUACGGACUCCGACUUUUCCACCGAUUCCUCGCAGCUUUCUCUUGGGCAAGACUAUCCUUUCGAAUAUGAGGAGCAGUCCGAUGAAUAUCAUACGGAUCGAAAACCAAUUUUUGCCAUCGCCCAUAGAGUCUUGACAAUUCAGGGAAUGAAGGAUGCGGUAGCCCAUGGCGCCAAUGCUCUUGAAAUUGAUAUGCGGGGCUGGAGCUCAUGGGGCCGCCAGGGCUGGUAUUGUGACCAUGACGGCACAGUCACCAGUCCCGGAGACAAAGCAGUGGAUAUGUUCAGAGCAAUUGAAGACCAGCGCCGAAACGGCAAGACAAUUAACUUCGUCUGGUUAGAUCUGAAGAAACCAGACGAAUAUAGCACCGACGAGAACGCGAUCGAAGGACUCCGGGACCUGUCCAGGAUAUACUUGCAAGGAUCGGGUGUGCGAGUUCUGUACGGAUUUUCCCGAAGCCAUGUGAAUGGCAGGGCAUUCGGCGUCAUUCGCGACGAACUUAACUCCCUUGAAGCAGUCAGCAUCAACGACAGGGCAGCCAAUGUCCAUAACGCGUUUCAACGCCGUGGGACUAAAAUCCAAAAUGAAAAGAGGGUCGCGGACUACGGCUAUUUUUGGCUUGAUUUUGAGUUUGGAAAUUGCUCUGAAUCGGAUUAUUAUACCUGUACCGAGUUGAGAAAGGCAGGUAGAAUGAGAGAUGAGGGGAAGUUCGGUAAAGUUUUCGGCUGGACGCUUGCAACUGAUCAAGCUAAACUUGCCAACGCUCUCCUUGGGGCUGCACAAGUUGAUGGUCUUAUUUACGGUUUCAAAGCAAGCGCAUAUAAGGACCACAAAGAUACCAGGGCUCCUUUGAAAGAUAUACAAAAUUGGGUCCAGAGAAAUAAUGAGACUCAUUACCUUGCUGGCCAGAAUGACUCGCCCUGGUAA